GUUUUUCCCUCUUUCCUCUCAUAUUUGGUUUUAUUUUCUCCGGUCCUUCAGUUAAUCCUACUGUAUCGUCUGAUCUCUUCUACCUCCUCUCCCCACAACAAACACCCCCCAAAUUCCUCAUACUCAAUCGCAUCACCGUUGCAUGGUCCCCUUCCGCGCAUCGUUAUGUCUGCCGCAUUGCCUUGGUUACAGAAGCUGCGCAAGCCCCAACUGACGGACUGGGCGGAAGCUACUGAUCUUCACGACUACGAAGAGCUCAAUAAACCCGAACUCGCGGUGGCGCUGGAUGAGCAUCUGCAAGCCCAUCAGUCUAUUUUCGCCAGCGAUGCGCGACUCGCCGAGUAUUACCGACGCCUGACGCAGACCCCGCGCAAGGGGUCGCCGAUCAAGAGAGAGCCCAAGGUUGAAGUGACGCCUCUUGCGCCGCGAUCUGCACGCCGCAGGCAGACGAGAGCCAAGGAGGAAGAACUGAGAGAGAGCGCGUCCAGAGAGGAUAAGCCUAAGGAGGAGGCAAAGGAGAAAGCUGAACUGACCUACAGAGAUGAAUCUAGCGAGUCCCCACCGCCCGUCUUCGAGACUCCUGGACGCCCCUCGCUGAACUUCGAACAGGCGUUGCCGGCAUCGCCGGCUGUUGUCGCGAAUGCUAUCGACCGCGGGGCGAGCGCGUUUGGCAAUUGUGUGGGCAGUUUCUGGGCUAGAUUAGGGGUGGAGGAGAGACGGAAUGAGGUGCGCUCGAUUCUAAGCAGCGUGAAGGCGGUCCAAGUCUUGUUCUUGCUCCUCGAAGGAGCAUGUCUCAUUUACGAAACUAUGCCGAUGCGAUUCGUGACCACCAUUCCGUUAUUUAUCGACCCAUUGGUGGAGAUUCCAGUGAAGGUCCCCGACGUCUUUAUCCUGGUAGACGGCGCAUUCUGGGCCCCGUUCUCGCUCUGGCUGUUUACCAGCAUUAUCCUGCCGUUGACGGUCGCAUAUUUCUUCAAUAUCAGCCUGAAUAUCGCGCAAGGUAGCGGCGGGGCGCGUCGAAGCCGCGCCGCUCAAGCGAACUUCGAUCCGCUGAGCUAUAACAUCGCCAAGGCGGGGCUCGCAUACCUGGUGUAUGCUAAGCAAUUCGACUUCUGGGACCUGUACAGCCGGCUCUCGAUCGCCAAGGUGAAUGCCGCUCUUCCUGGUCAGUGGGCGGGCUUGGUGACGGGGUCGGCGAUUGGGCUGAUCGGAACUCUUUAUGAGGCCAUCCUCCGGAAGUAAAUACGCGGUGUACAUAUGUGAAUGCGUUGUUUUCGGCAGAGCCGCUGGUUGGACGCAGUUCGAGGAGGAGGACGAGCUUGGGGUUUUGCCUGCAGGGGAUAGGCCUGCGAGUGUCAGGAGGAGGAGGAGGAGGAGUUGGGAGCGGUUUUCCUAUCGCCUAGAGGGUUUGAAAGGAUCUAUUUCUGGAUAAUAGUCGGUCGAGGGUGCUUCGGGAAUUUACCAUGUUAAACUAUUUUUGGUUUCUUGUCUCUCCUUUCUUUGGAUUCAGGCGUGAGAACGGUGUGGUUGGUUUCUAUCGCAGUUGCUUUGAAUUGAUCUCUUUCUUUGGCCAGGAGGCGCUGUGGCGUGGCCUUUGUGGUUGUUUUCCUCCUUUGCUGGAUGUAAUAUUGAUAUUGAAAACCGAUAUAGGGGGAUCCAAUACAAAUACCAUCAAUCUCUGUGUCUA